GCUGCGCUCGCCGCCAGCGACGCCGUGGCACUAACGCAAGCACACAUCUCCCUCGCCGUCGACGCGGCCACCGCGUACCAGACAAUCGACGGCUUCGGGUUCUGCGAGGCGUUCCAGCGGGCACACGCGAUCAGCAACCUGCCGGCGGCGCCGCAGGCAGCGGUGCUGGACCUGCUGUUCAACGCCACCACCGGCGCCGGGUUCAGCAUGCUGCGGUUGGGGCUGGGCAGCUCGCCCGACAGCCGCGGCGACCACAUGAACAGCCCGCAGCCGGCGGCGGGCCCGGAGGCGGGGUUCGCGUGGGACGGGAACGACAGCGGACAGGUGUGGGUCGCGCAGCAGGCGGCGGACCGGUACGGCGUCGUGACGUUCUAUGCUGACGCGUGGAGCGCCCCGGGGUACAUGAAGACCAACGGCCGCGACGACCAGGGCGGCUGGCUGUGCGGCGUUCGCGGCGAGGGCAGCGCCGACGGCACGCUGUGUGCCGGCGCUAGCUGGGUCCAGGCGUACGCGGAGUAUCUCGCGCGCUAUGUGCAGGCGUACAUUGGGGCGGGGAUUCCAGUGUCGUAUUUGGGGUUUCUCAACGAGCCGAAUUUGAUCAAACCGUACGCCACCAUGCAGUCAGACGGAUACCAAGCAGUCGAGGUAGCCGAGGCGCUGAGCGUGUCGCUUGGCGGGUUGGGGCUGUCGGGGGUGCAGAUCGCGUGCUGCGACGCGCAGGGGUGGUCGAUGGCGCGAACGUUGCUCGCGGAGAUGCAGGACGCGGGGGCGGCGGACCUGAUCUCGGUGGUCACGACGCACACGUAUAAGGGGGCACCUGCAGGGCCCGACGGGCCGCUCAACACCACGGCGCGCGUGUGGGUGACGGAGAUCUCGCCCAUCAUGCAGCGGCUGGGCAUGACGCAGACGUGGUUCCGCAACGGGUCCGAGAACGAGGGGCUCACGUGGGCCGUGGGCCUGCACGAGGCCUUUGCCGUCGGCAAUGCCAGUGCGUACAUCUACUGGAUAGGCGUCGGCCAGGCCGCUGCCGAGGCCCCGCUCAUCCGGGCGCCGAAGCGCGGCGCCAACGUCACCACUGCUCCGUACUAUACUAUUGGGUCGACGUACUGGGCGUCGGCACACUUCAGCCGGUUUAUUCGGCCUGGCGCGAGGCGGGUCCGCGUCGAGGUAGAAAGUAUAGAAGGCAGUGGUCCAGGCGCGGUAGAUGCUACUGAUAUCAAUAUCCUGGCCAGCGCGUACACGAACAGAGAUAGCAGUAUCGUCGUGCAAGUUGUUAAUAACGGGGACCAAGAUUUUACCGCGGACGUGCCCGUGGCC